CGCGUCGCCGUCAAGAGACCCGGACAAGCCGCCGACGCCAUCCGGGCCAGAAGAGACCCGUCCGAAGCUGGCGACAGACCUCCGGCGUGGCCAGGCUGACCCGCAGGACCGAGGCUCCUAGAGAAGGAGGAUCCGCCCAACAUGGCAUCGGAGAGUGGGAAGCUAUGGGGUGGCCGGUUUGUGGGGGCCGUGGACCCCAUCAUGGAGAAGUUCAACUCAUCCAUCACCUAUGACCGGCACCUAUGGGAGGUGGACGUGCAGGGCAGCAAGGCCUACAGCAGGGGCCUCGAGAAGGCGGGGCUCCUCACCAAGGCUGAGAUGGACCGGAUACUGCAAGGCCUGGACAAGGUUGCUGAAGAGUGGGCCCAGGGCACUUUCAAACUGCACCCCAAUGAUGAGGAUAUCCAUACGGCCAAUGAGCGGCGCCUAAAGGAGCUCAUCGGUGAGACGGCCGGGAAGCUGCACACAGGGCGCAGUCGGAAUGACCAGGUUGUUACAGACCUCAGGCUGUGGAUGCGCCAGACCUGUUCAAAGCUCUCCGCUCUCCUCUGGGCCCUCAUCAAAACUAUGGUGGACCGGGCAGAGGCGGAACGGGACAUUCUCUUCCCAGGAUACACACAUCUGCAGAGGGCUCAGCCAAUCCGAUGGAGCCAUUGGAUCCUGAGUCAUGCCGUGGCGCUGACUCGAGACUCCGAGAGGCUGCUGGAAGUUCAGAAGCGUAUCAAUGUCCUGCCCCUGGGGAGCGGCGCCAUCGCAGGCAAUCCUUUGGGUGUGGACCGGGAGCUGCUUCGGGCAGAACUGAACUUUGGGGCCAUCACUCUCAACAGCAUGGAUGCCACCAGUGAGAGAGACUUUGUGGCCGAGUUCCUGUUCUGGGCUUCUCUGUGUAUGACCCACCUCAGCAGGAUGGCGGAGGAUCUCAUCCUCUAUGGCACCAAGGAGUUCAGUUUUGUGCAGCUCUCAGAUGCCUACAGCACCGGAAGCAGUCUGAUGCCCCAGAAGAAAAACCCAGACAGCUUGGAGCUGAUCCGCAGCAAGGCGGGGCGAGUGUUUGGGCGGUGUGCUGGGCUCCUCAUGACCCUGAAGGGACUCCCAAGUACCUACAACAAGGACUUACAGGAGGACAAGGAAGCUGUGUUUGAAGUGUCUGAGACCAUGAGCGCCGUCCUUCAAGUGGCCACAGGUGUCAUCUCAACACUGCAGAUUCACCGUGAAAACAUGGCACAGGCGCUCAGCCCCGACAUGCUGGCCACCGACCUCGCCUACUACUUGGUCCGCAAAGGGAUGCCAUUCCGCCAGGCCCACGAGGCCUCGGGGAAAGCUGUGUUCAUGGCUGAGACCAAAGGAGUCGCCCUCAACCAGCUGUCGCUGCAAGAGCUGCAGACCAUCAGUCCCCUCUUCUCGGGCGACGUGAGCCGCGUGUGGGACUACGGGCACAGCGUGGAGCAGUACGGUGCCCUGGGUGGCACCGCGCGCUCCAGCGUCGACUGGCAGAUCAGCCAAGUGCGGGCACUGCUGCAGGCCCAGCAGUCCUAGAUCCUUCCCCCCAAAGCCUGUUCCCAAAUAAAAAGGGUCACAGAGGGGGCUGCCACGUAUUUCCUGCCGAGGCCUGUCUCCCUGGUGGGUGGGCUGGGGGGUCUUUAUUGAGCUGGCCAGUGGCCGACCUCCAGGAAGUGGAAAUGCCGGUGAUAAGAUGGGGAAGGAAGGAGUGGCUCUCAUCAGGGCCCCUGCCCCGCGGAGGCCCCACACCUUCCUUACUAUACCUGGUCAGUGACCUGCCUGGGGAGUCCUGAAUAAAAUGGGGGUCUUCGUAACCUUGGGUUAGCUCAUCCCGCUUAGCAUUUCCUGGA